CUCCCACGGAGCCGUCGGCACAUGUUUCUAGACGCUCCUCAGGUCCUCCGUGCGUCCUCGCUGCGCGGCCAUGACCAUCCACGUGGAAGGACUGGUGGCCAUCGCGGUCUUCUACCUGCUCAUCCUCUUCGUGGGCAUCUGGGCGGCGUGGAAGAACAAACACUCGGGGGAGGCGGAGGGCACGGACCGCAGCGAGACCAUCAUGGUGGGAGGCAGAGACAUCGGCUUGUUCGUCGGGGGAUUUACCAUGACGGCAACUUGGGUGGGAGGAGGAUACAUUAACGGCACUGCUGAGUAUGUUUAUCUCCCGGAUAACGGCUUGGCUUGGGCACAAGCCCCCUUUGGAUACGCCCUCAGUCUCGUGGUUGGCGGACUCUUUUUCGCCAAGCCCAUGCGCUCCCGAGGUUACGUCACCAUGCUGGACCCCUUCCAGCAGCUGUACGGGAAACGCAUGGGCGGCCUCCUCUUCAUUCCCGCUUUAAUGGGGGAGAUCUUCUGGUCCGCCGCCAUCUUGUCCGCUCUCGGUGCCACGCUCAGCGUCAUCGUGGACAUCAACAUCAAAAUGUCGGUGGUCCUCUCGGCCCUCAUCGCCAUCUUCUACACGCUGGUGGGCGGACUUUACUCGGUGGCGUACACGGACGUGGUGCAGCUCUUCUGCAUCUUCGUGGGCCUGUGGAUCAGCGUUCCGUUCGCUCUGACCAACCCGGCCGUGUCGGACAUCACGGUGACGGCAGUGCGGGAAGUGUACCAGGCGCCAUGGAGAGGCAGCAUCAACAAGAGUGACACCUGGGUCUGGAUCGACAAUUUUUGCCUGCUGAUGCUCGGAGGCAUUCCUUGGCAGGUGUACUUCCAAAGAGUCCUGUCCGCGUCCUCCGCCACCUACGCACAAGUCCUCUCCUUCCUGGCGGCGUUCGGGUGCCUGGUCAUGGCCGUCCCCUCGGUUCUCAUCGGAGCCAUCGGGGCCUCAACAGACUGGAACCAAACCACAUAUGGCGCCAUUCCCCCUAAGGACAAGGAGCAGGCGGACAUGAUCCUUCCCAUCGUUCUCCAGCACCUCUGCCCGCCGUUCGUCUCCUUCUUCGGCCUGGGCGCCGUCUCCGCCGCCGUCAUGUCGUCCGCCGACUCCUCCAUCCUGUCCGCCAGCUCCAUGUUUGCCAGGAACAUCUACCAGCUGGCCUUCAGACAGUCGGCGUCGGAUCGCGAGAUCGUGUGGGUGAUGCGCAUCACCAUCUUUGUGUUCGGCGGCCUGGCCACGGUGAUGGCGCUGGUCACCGGCACGGUUUACGGCCUGUGGUACCUCAGCUCCGACCUGGUGUACGUCAUCAUCUUCCCUCAGCUCCUCAGCGUGCUCUUCGUCAAAGGCACCAACACGUACGGCUCGGUGGCCGCCUACUUUUUCGGCAUGGUGCUGCGCAUCGGCGGAGGCGAGCCCUACCUGCAGCUGCCGCCUUUCAUUUACUACCCGGGCUGGACCGUGGAGCAGCGCAAGCAUCACAUCACCGGAGAAAUGGAGGACGCGGUCAUCCAGAAGUUCCCGUUCAAGACGGCCUCCAUGCUGGCCUCCUUCCUCGGCAACGUGGCCUUCUCCUACCUGGCCAAGUACCUCUUCGAGAGCGGCAAGCUGUCCCACAAGUACGACUUCCUCGACGCCGUGGUGUCCAAGCACAGCGGCGAGAUCAUGGAUAAGACCACGCUCGUGACUCGGGGCAACGACAUCGGGCUGUCGGAGAUGGCGCCCGUCAAGCCGCGGCUGAGCGUGACCCUGGCGGCCGCCUUCACGCGCCGCGACACGCUGCCGGCGGAAACGGUGGAGGAGGAGGAGGAGGAGUCGAGCCCCGACUCCUCCCAUCACGAUGAAUAAAACAACAACUCAGGGUGUGAUUUUUAAGGCGACCGGAUCUGGUCAUGCUGUCAAUCAAAGACGAAGAGCCAAAGUCCUCUCACCGACAGUGAGGGACCACACGGACUGGAAUAACAUUUUUCACACUCAUUUAGCGGGGAGUCGUGCAACUGGACUUUUUUCUUCUUCACCAACAGCGUCAUGUAGUUCAACAACACCCGGGGCCGCUCUUCCCUACACGCAGAUCACACCGGGGGCCCCCCGAAAUAAAUGUUCGAUUUAGCCAGCGGCAGCCCUGACAACAUGUAAACAACAAUGUAUAAAUAUUGUUGAAAAUACUUGAUGGAUAAAUACUAGGGGUGUAACGGUACACACAAAUUUCGGUUCGGUACGUACCUCGGUUUAGAGGUCACGGUUCGGUUGAUUUUCGGUACAGUAAGAAAACAACAAAAUUUUUUGGUUACUUAUUUACCAAAUUUGUCAACAAUGGCUGUAUCCUUUUAACACUGGGAACACUAUAAUAAUUCUGCCCACGUUAAUCAACAUUAAACUGCCUCAAGUUGUUGCUCAGAUUAAAUCAAAUGACAAAACUUUUCUUCUACAUAUAAAAAGUGCAACAUUAAACAGUUUCAAGUCAACUCAUCAUGAUUUAUUAUAGCAUUUGGGAAGCCUGCAGGGACCCUGCCAUUCAAAACUAGGCUGCUACAUUACUAAUGAUUCAUGUAACUAUAGCUGAAAAAAAUAGUACACUAGCAAUAGGAGAGACUAUUCAUCCCUGAACACCGUGGAGUUCAUGUAGGCUUAAUGAUGCAGUUACAUUAUUAUAUCAACUAUCAGAGACAGAAACUCUUCAUUUAACAUAAUGUCCUUUUUUGCUGCUUCAACACAGCUCAAUCAACACAGAAAAAGGUCAAGUGAAAUAACAGACAGACAGGGCUUUGCUGUCCGUAACACACACGCACG